AACUGGAACUGUGCCCAAGGUUAAGGAAAGAUAUGAGUUAUGAGACUGGACUAUUCACAGCAAAUGAGACACCACAGAAAUGUGUUGUAAAACUUCCCACUACAACCGACGAUAACCUGCGUUUUGCUUUAUGCUGCUCGUUAACGGAGACUACGCGGCGGUUUCUGAAGCAAAUGUAGCUUUUUUAUAUAAACGCCGUUGUCGGACAGCUAGCACGUUGCUAGCUAGCAAGUUGACUUGAGUGACAGGCUAGUGACGGGGAAAAGUGCUCCGUUUUGGUCUAAAGGCACCGAGAAUUUACCACAACACUCCAAAAACGUCGGCUUUUUCUCCUUGUGGAUAAACAUUUCUACAGAAGGUUUGUGUGAUUUUGCCAAAAUGCAACAUCAUCAGCAGAGGAUGGCAGCUUUAGGGACGGACAAAGAACUCAGCGACUUACUAGACUUCAGCGCGAUGCGAAACAGCGAUUUGAAAACGUUCCCAACAUCAAUGAUGUUUUCUCCUCCGGUUAGCAGUGGGAAAAAUGGACCGACCUCACUGGGAAGUGGGCACUUCUCCGGCUCAACUGUGGAAGACAGACUGAGCUCAGCGUCCUGGGGAAAUGGCAGCCGCAUUACAAAGGUUUACGUUGACGGCUCUCAAUACUCUCACGUGGCCGGCCGGGAUGUGGGAUCACAUGAUGGCAUCUCACCUCCUUACGGGAACUCUAGACUGGCAGGUAAAACAGAAAGAGCAUCGUACUCGUACAGUCGUGACUCAAACCUACACGGGUGCCAUCAGCAGAGCAUCAUGGGGGGUGAGAUGGGAAUGGUGAGUCCCGGGACAGUUUCCCCCACUAAACCAGGCUCUCAGUAUUAUCAGCACUACAGCAGCAACCAGCGGCGAAGACCCAUGCACAGCGACUCUAUGGAGGUCCAGACAAAGAAAGUGCGUAAAGUUCCUCCAGGCCUGCCAUCCUCGGUAUAUGCACCGCCUGCCAGCACCGCAGAUUAUAACCGAGACUCGCCGGGUUAUCCAAGCUCUAAAGCACCGAGUGGCAGCUUCCCCACCUCCUUUUUUAUGCCAGAUGGUCAUCACAGUACAGACCCAUGGAGCUCCUCCAGUGGUAUGAAUCAGGCAGGUUACAGUGGAAUGCUGGGAAAUUCCUCCCAUGGCCCCCAGAGCAGCAGCUACUGUGGCCUGCACCCACACGAGAGACUUAGUUACCCAUCACACUCCUCGGCUGAGAUUAAUCCCAGUCUUCCUCCGAUGUCCACUUUCCAUCGCAACAAUGGCACAAAUCUCUACAGCGCUGCCUCCUGCACAGCGACCACAAAUGGAACAGACAGCGUUAUGGCUAAUCGAGCGCCAAGUGGAGCAGGAAGCAGUUCCCAGACUGGAGAUGCAUUAGGAAAGGCCCUGGCUUCGAUCUACUCUCCUGAUCACACCAACAACAGUUUCUCCUCAAACCCCUCCACUCCAGUGGGAUCCCCACCCUCACUCACAGCUGCAAGUUCAGCUGUUUGGUCCAGAAAUGGUCAAGGAGCCUCAUCCCCAAACUACGAACCUCCAAUUCACUCACUGCAGAAUCGUAUAGAGGAUCGUCUGGAGCGACUGGAUGAUGCGAUUCACGUCCUUCAGAGGCACGCAGUUGGCCACGGUGACCUGCACGGCCUCAUCACGCCAUCACACACGCACUCACACUCACAUACACACUCGCACUCACACAACCACAACGGAGCCAUGGGCACCCUGAGCACCAGCUACGGCACCAGCCUACUCCCAUCCAACAGACACUCACUCAUGGUGGGGUCUCAUCGUGAGGAGGGAGUAGGGUUGCGUAGUGCUCACUCCAUUGUGCCCAAUCAAGUACCUGUUCCUCAGCUGCCAGUUCAGUCUGCCACCUCACCAGAUCUCAAUCAGCCAGACCCAUACCGGGCGCUCUCCAGUGGACUACAGGGCCAGAGUACAUCUUCAGUGAGCUCAGACAUUAAAUCAGAGGAUGAGGGAGAUGAGAACCUGCAGGACAGCAAAAGUUUGGAUAUCAAGAAGGAAGACGCGGACAGCAAGGAGCUGAAAGCUAUAGAGAGCAACAAUGAUGAUGAGGAUCUGACUCCAGAGCAGAAGAUCGAGCGUGAGCGUGAGAGACGGAUGGCAAAUAAUGCACGAGAGCGCUUGCGAGUGCGAGACAUCAACGAGGCAUUUAAGGAGCUCGGGCGCAUGGUGCAAUUGCACCUGAAGAGCGAUAAACCGCAGACCAAACUACUCAUCCUGCACCAGGCCGUCGCUGUCAUUCUCAGUCUCGAACAGCAGGUUCGAGAGAGGAACUUAAACCCGAAAGCAGCAUGUCUAAAAAGGCGAGAGGAGGAGAAAGGGUCCUCAGAUGCUGCACCCCUCUCAAUGGGCGGAGCUCACCACAGCAUGGGCGACGCCUCCAAUCCAAUGGGACAAAUAUCAAAGCUGCCAGAAUUUAUGAAAAUGAUGAGCGACCACUUCCUUUGACGACAUCAUUUCCUCUCCUGAAAGUCUGUUAAACAAUCAAAUAUGACCAGAUCAAUCAAUCAGAUUUCUGAUGAGUCACCUUAUUUUAUUCAUUCCUCUCCAUGUUCCCUUAUGUUUCUUUUUUUUUUUUUUUUAAACAUUAUAAUCUUUCAUAUGCAUUGGCUAUUGUGAAAAAAAUAUCUUCUCUCCAUUCCCAGUUACAAAAAAAAGGAACAGAAAUUAUUUAUGAACUUUUUUAAUUUCUUUUAUUUUGAAUAUGUGCAAAUGGUUGGGGGAUCCUUCAAACAUAUCAUGAUGUAAGACGUCGGAAAAGAACCGUUCCGGUUUUUACUGGCAAUCUAUUUUUUUCGCACCGUGGACAAAAAUCCUCUCGCGCUUUUCUCUUACUGAGCGAGUAGAUUUGUAUUAUGGUUUCUCAAAAUAGAGGGAGAUUUAGCCAAAACAACAGUGUACAAUUUCACAAAAAGGUGUAAAAACUUGCAAUAACACUCAUUAAAAAAAAAAAGUGUACUUCUAGCACAGCGGUUCAAGGAGAUGCCACUGUGUGUUUUAAAAGGCGUGUGAGUACAGUGGGACAUGAAAUGACAUUUUAACCAGCAAACUCCCAGGGGAGAUGGAGAUUUUAAAGAACUUCAAAGGUCAUUCCAGCACAUUAUACAGAUUUUACCUUACAGAAUGGCGACUAUUGCAGAGAAUAUGCUUUGCUUUUAAGAAGUGUAGAUAAUGCUAUAGUGCAGAUUUCAACGCUAAUCUCUCCUUACAUGUCAGAAAAUGGCCACAUCCAUGUGAUCGAAAUCACCAAACCAAACCAGUCUUUUUUGGUUGUUGUUAGUUUGUUUGUUUUCCUUGUUUUUCAUCUCUCUCUCUCUCUCUCUCUCUCUCUCUCUCUGUCUCUCUCUCUCUCUUACACUCUCUCUGUCUCUGUCUCUCUGUCUCUCUCUCUCUCUCUCUCUCUCUCUCUCUCCUCUUCUCUGUCCUUUCCCCCUCGUCAUGCCCCCAGCAAAUGCAAUUUUAAACAUGCUACACUUGUACCAACGUGCCUUUUAGAGUUCAUAUCAUCACACAGUGCGAGAAGGACGUUAUCAGAAACAUUUUUUAGGAUGCAAGCUUAGGAAGAAUUGUUAGUCAUUAGGUCUAUGCAGUCAGGUGUUUUACAGCCUGGGAUUUAAAAAAAGUCAAAAGGAAAAAAAACGUAUUUUUUGGAUAAACUGUAUUUAAUGUACUGUAUGCCUAUAUGUAAUUAGAAGGCGUGUCCUGGACACAGUAUCGUAUAUAUAUAUAUAUAUAUAUAUAUAUAUAUAUAUAUAUAUAUAUAUAUAUAUAUCUACGAUUCUUAGUCCUGCCCCAAGUUCACCUUAAACCCCGCUCGCCCUUAAAGCUCACAGUUUCCAUUGACACGUCUGUUAUCAAGCGUUGUAUUAUAGCUUAUUACCUGCUUUUUAUGAAUAUUGGCUUGUCCGUGAGCCGCUGUAGUCUUCAGUACAAAUGUGUUGUUGUAUGUGUAAAAAAUGACUCUUCUUUCUCUUUUUUUAAAAUCUUUAUCUCUUAUUCUUUGUCUGUUUUUGGGUUCUGUUUCAAAAAGAAAAAAAAAAAGAAAAAAAAAAAGAAAAAGAAAGAAAGAAAAAGGGGAAAAAACGUGUACAGCCGUAUGAGAUUUAACAGCGGCUCCUGCUUUUUUCUGUGUUUUUUUAUUUUCUUCUCCAAUCAACACGAGGCACUGAAACUGGAAAAAAAAUCUAUUAGAAAAUCAAUAUAUAUAAAUGUAGAAAUAUAUACAAUAUAUAAAAAAUGUUGUUUUCAAAAGGAGAGAUUGAUGCAGAACGGUUUCUGUUCUUUUGGGGUUUUUUCCUGAAGAGCUCUGAUGCAUCAGUGUUCAUUUUAAAAAGAGUGAGACGUGACUUUGUAGUGAUCCGAUGUGUCAUGUGACAGUACGGAAGCUUCUGCAGGACAAAAAGGAUCAUAGCCCAGCUCGCUGGCUGGUUACAGAAACAGACAUUUGUACAUUUUAUGCAACAAAUGCAAACUCAAACCAUUAUUUUGAAAUUGUGUAUGUAAAAGUUAUAUUUUUACAUGUAGACUGUUGUUAUUUUGUGUUUAGAUAAAACAUUGUAUCGGUUUCUCUUUUUCUUUCUUCCUUUCUUUCUUUCUUUCUUUCUUUCUUUCUUUGUUAAAAGGCGAAAAAGUAACAGUAACUCUGUGUGUUGAAAAAAACGUGUCACAUUUGAAAUCGUAGUACGGUCAAAAAGCUUCAAACAUUGUUUAUAUUGCUGGGAACAUUUUCCCUUUUUUUAUUUAUUUUUUUUUUUUAAGAAAACACAAGGUUGGAAAGCAAAGGUAUAUAAUAUUUGUCUCAAUCUCUAUGAUCAUGACAUUGCCAUGUUUAAUUGUACUUUUUUGAAGAGAUGUGUGUAAAUAGUCAGGGUUUAGGUCAUUUUGGUUACUGCAGACAGCAAAGUAACGUGGUUUUAGAUUCAAACCCAGCAGUUUUGUUUGUUUUGUUUUGUUUUGUCUUGCUUUGUUUUCUUCAUGGCCAGGUGUUCUCAUAAAUGACUCCGCUGUCUGUCCAUGUCAGCAAUCAACACAAGUUCAGUCCUUUUUGUAAAGUACUAAAGAACAGAAUCAUUGGCACAAGUCAGUUUAACAUGGUGCUUCAAAGCAGACAUUUGCCCACAAGCUCUUUAAAAUGGCUUUGUUUUUUUUUUUUGUUAAAAGUCGUAGGUUUCUGGUACAGAACGUUUGUUUUUAUAUCUUUAGAUUAUAUUGCAAUUAAGUCGUGCUUUCAAAGGUGACAUUUACACUGCAGUGUUUCAUCACGUAAUAGAGACACUACAACAGCACUGAAAAGCAUUGAGCGAGUUUUCAAGGAAAUGUGGGAAGUAAGAAUUAAUUUUUUUGCAAGGGCAAUUCUUUAAUACCAGGAAAAAGAUCAAUUGUGCCACAGAUUUUUCAAUUAUUUUCUGAUUGUUUUCUCGCUCUCUUUGUUCACGUUGUGUAUAUAUAUAUAUUUUUGUUCUUAUUCAUUUUAUAGCUUGUCAUAAAACACAAGCUGCAACACAGUGUUCUCCACUGACCAUUUACCCACACCUCCCAUCCCAACACACACACACACACACACACACACACACCAAAAAGCAUUUGUUUUCUAAUCAGAAAAAAUAAAGGUGGUGGAGCAGGAGCUUUAGAUUUUUUUUCUUUCAGAAAACACUUCUGUCACUGCCAAAAGCACUCUGGAAAAAAAUGUCAGUAUUUGUUGUUUCAUUACACUGUAAUAAAAUCUUUUAGUCCAGGGUGAGAUUAAUCACCAUCACUCCAAGCUGUAAGAUUUCUGACAGUGGAAAAUUCAACACUUUUUCACUUUUUCCCACGCUUAUUUCAAUUCUUCUGAAAAUAACAACAAAUAUUUACAUCAAUACUGAAAACAUAAGCCUAUUUCCAUUUGUCUUCAGUUUUUCUUUUUUUCCAUUGAACGGUGACGCUUGUCAUGUGCACAUUUGUAGACGUCUUCCAUGAUGGUUUUCUUUUCAGUUUGAGGUAAAGCUCAUUUCCUGAUUCACUCAAAGACCUUUAAAGUAUCAAAAAGGUGAAAAUAAACAGAAAAUAAAUUGUGAACAAGCACAAAAUGAACACAAAUGUAAAUCACAGACAAACCAGUUAAUUGUUACUUUCCCAUUUUUACAUGUUCAUUUCAGAGUAUUACAGUCAUGUGUAAUUGUAUAAAAAAAUUCGAAAUGUGGCCUUUUUUUAUUCUUGUUACUUGUGAUGCAUUUACAUGAAGAAAAUUCAAUAAGCAGAUAUUUCCCAUAAACCAGUGCCUGGCUUUUUGUUAUAAAACCUUUUUUUUUUCUAGAGCUCUUUUGCUAUAAAUUAGACUAGCACACCCGAUUAUAAGUGGAGAAAUGAUUACUAAAUUAUACAUAUUAUAUUUGGCAAUUUUUUUUUUGCAGGGGCAAUCGUUUUAUAUCAGGAAUAUUGACAAAGUAAGGAAAGAGAAGAGAACCAGCCAAAAAGGCCAACUCAGAACUAUUCCACUUUUAUUGGAAUAAAAAAAAAAAACACACUUUAUUUUAUUAUUUAAUCUUUUGGGUUUGUGUUAUUCAAGAAGACGAAGCUAUAUGGUGUGAAAAUGAGGGGAGAAGCGGAUCCAUCGAAAAGCCUGAGCAGUGGUUCAAAAAUAUUUAAAGUAUACAACAGUUACACCUUUUUUCCAAACGUGUGGCUGUGUGCCUCAAGCCUUUUAUUAUCAUUUUUAUGUCCUUUUUUGUUGUUUUGUUUAUAUUCUUUUUAAUGUCUUACUGUUCUUGUUUAUUUUUUUCAAUUUGAAUUCUGUUUAUUAUAUUAUAAUUAUUAUUGUCAUUGUUAUUGUUGUUCCUUGUUUUAAGACUAGUAUCAGUGUGUAAACGAAUCGUGUGCUGGAGUUUUCUCUUCGAGCCAGCUCAUCCUCGGCCAUUUGCCUGUCAGUUUUCAUCUUGUAGUUAAUCAAUGAAGUCAUGUACAUGACCAUUCUGUAGCAAUAAAUGUGCCAUUUUUAUAACCGA